CAGGUUGACGCGAUAUGGCAACGCCGUAGUGUGAAAAAUUGCAAUUUUUUUCAUUUCACACACACAGACGCGACAGAUACGCCAGCAUCGGAACGAAGGACGUAAAAAGGCCGCAGAAAAACGCCUAUCAAAGCUGAGGUUUAUUGAAGGGGUUAUCAGAAAGAUAUCUCUAGGAAAAGCCGCCAACAGGAGUCACAGCGUCGACAUUCCAUCGGAGCAGCAAGAAGCAGAGGCGGGGGCAAUAAGAAACGGAAGAAGAAGAAGCCGAUUCGACGUUUAUCAAUUAUGAAUUUCCUGGGAUUCGGCCAGUCAGCGGACAUUGAGAUAGUCUUUGAUGGAGCUGAGCACAAGACGGCAGAGGUUAAAGGGGAGGACGGCAAAGUGGAGAAGAUGCUGCUAUUCUACGACGGGGAGACGGUAUCCGGCAAGGUGAACGUGACCCUCAAGAAGCCGGGCAGCAAGCUGGAGCACCAGGGCAUUAAGAUCGAAUUCAUUGGCCAGAUCGAACUGUACUACGACCGGGGUAACCACCACGAAUUCAAGUGUCUAGCGAAGGCCCUGGCCCGCCCGGGCGAUCUCAUCCAGAACAACAGCUAUCCAUUCGAUUUCCCCAAAGUGGAGAAGCAAUUCGAGGUGUACGCCGGCUCGAACGUGCGGUUGCGGUACUUCCUGCGCGCAACCAUCGUCAGGCGGAUCAGCGACAUAACGAAGGAGGUCGACAUCGCCGUGCACACACUGUGCAGCUACCCGGAGAUGAACAACCCCAUCAAGAUGGAGGUAGGCAUCGAAGACUGCCUGCACAUCGAAUUCGAGUAUAACAAAAGCAAGUACCACCUGCGGGACACGAUUAUCGGCAAGAUCUACUUCCUGUUGGUGCGCAUUAAGAUCAAGCACAUGGAGAUUGCGAUCAUCAAGAAGGAGAGCACGGGCACGGGCCCCACCAUGUUUAACGAAAACGAAACGAUUGCCAAGUACGAGAUCAUGGACGGAGCGCCCGUCAAAGGCGAGAGCAUACCCAUCCGGGUCUUUCUUGCUGGCUACAAUCUCACGCCGACCAUGCGGGACAUUAACAAGAAGUUCUCAGUCAAGUAUUUCCUCAACCUUGUGCUGAUGGACACCGAGGACCGGCGCUACUUCAAACAACAGGAGAUCACGCUGUGGCGCAAGGCAGACAAACCGCGUUACCAUGGCGCUCAGCAGCACCAGCAACAGCAGCACCAACACGUUCCCCUGCACGCUCCGCCGCACCUGGUCAGCGGUCCUGCUGCGCCCACAGUGGCUCACUCGCUGAUCAGCUCGAGCACGGACAGCGGAGAGGUGGGAGGAGCACCGACAGCGCCGGGCACUGCAGGAUCUGAGUCCAAGAUGGGUCUGUUUACCAGGGAGAGCCCCAACCAGGAGUUCAGCCAACAGCAAAUGGAUUCUCCGCCGCUGACGCCCACGCCGUCGACCGCAUCCGUUGCAGUUGCAGUCCCCACAGCGGCGUCAUCUGUUUCAGAACCAGCUCCCGAGCGGGGCAUAGGCGAUGGAGCCGCAGCGGCCACCACAAGCGCCUCGCCCGUAGCUAUGCUCUCCAGUUCGCCACCGCCAUUGCUGCCAGUAUCGCCGCUCUCCCGAUCGGAAACUGAAGCGUCGGAGCAAGUACAACCGGAGGAUGAGGACCUCGAUGCAAUUACGCCCAAUACGAAAAAGACCGGUGCAACGCCGUUGGCCACCGAUUGAGUGGGAAGCUGGAGAGGAUUUCCAUCUUCAGGGGGAUAAGUAGUAACAGCCAGAGCUAGGGCAACAACAGAAGGCGGAACUAUUACGCAUAUAUUCGUAUUCGUAUACAGCAGCAGGAAGGCAGUUCAGCAGCAGCAACAAAUAUGCAUAUAUCUAUUUUUUUAAAGUUAAUUUAAAAUUGUUACAAAUGUUUUAUUGAGGUUAUGCGCAUCAUUAACCAAAAGCAGGCAAAUCGCAAAUGAUAGUAACAAAAAAACAAAACGAAACUUAGGACAAAUGAGAAGAGGCAACCUCGUAGCUACAACCAAUCUCUUGGCGUUUCCAUUGGUAUUAUUGCUAUAACAAGUCGAGAAGCUGUCGAGAGGCGCGCGACUCGGACACGAAAGCAAACCCUAAUCCCCUGCGCCCCAAAACUAGUUAAACUCCCUAGUAUUCCGAUGACCAUUCCCUAUCCUUGUGGCGUUUGGAAAAUAUGAUUUUUCAAUUUGAAAAAUGUUGAAAUUGCUUUCUAAAAGUGAGACCCCUGAAUUGAAAUUUAAGUGUGCAUUAAACUAAACCAACUCCAAUACAAAUGAAGAUGAAGCAGCAAACAGCAGACAAAACAUCCAUUAAAUAAUAAAGUUUUAGUCUAUAGCGUACUAACGAAUUGAUGCUGGGAGCGUUCUGAUAAUGGCGAUUUGUCCGAGCGAUCGGAAGUGGAAACGACGAAACGUGUUACAUGCCUUGCAUAUGUACAUAACAGUUCAUAUACAUAACAUACAAGAAUUAUUGAUAUAUACACUUAGACACGCAAUUUAACAAAUAAAAGCGAUAUGAGCGCC